AGUUGUGAAGUUAUUAAACGAACUAAUUGAGUUAACUUCGCGUCACCUCGUAAGUGAGAUGUGCCAAGAUUGAAUGGAUGAAAUUUUAUCGACGUUGAUCAUGUUCCAAAUUUCACGACACCGCAACAAAUAGGACUAGUAAUAAACUGGCCAGCAUAACUGGGAUAAUAGAAAAUGAGCGACUUGCAGAACCAAAUCGAUCGUCUAGAAAGGCUCUUCGCCACGGCCAAUUCCAAUACCAGUGAAAUCAUAAGAUAUUACAAGAAGCUAACCGAAAACUUCAAUUCGACAGAGUUAGAUGACAUCAUUCCCGUCCUCAAUCAAAAAGCUGUUAAACUGUUGACACCCGAAUUGGUCGGCAUCUUAACAAAUAAUAGAGUCGAAGCCUACAGCUAUUUACUAGUGGCUAAUAAUUUACUUGAUUUGGAAGACGUCAAAGACGAUUUGCUCAACGGCAGUGUCUUGGCCAACGCCAUUCCCGUCAACACUUUACGGAGGCUGAAAAAUCAGUUAGGUUUGGCAGCAGCAGCAUCGGCCUCUUCAACAGCAAUUCCAGGCUUAAAAAAGCUGGUUGAACCCAUGCGAUUAGCUAGGCCCAUCCAAGACGGAAACGCUCAUCAACGUCACGGAGAAACUUUGGCAACGGCAUCCACUUCUACACUAGUUGAACAUCAGCAAACAACGACAAUAGAAACCAUGGUAAUGGAUUGGUUGACCUCUCAAAGAGAGAACGCUAAGACUCGGCAACACGGAGAAUCAUUGGCGAUGGCGUCCGCUUCAUCACCUGUACCAGUAGCUCAGCCUCAACACUCAAAGGACACCAAAUGCAUGUCUCAACAGUUCGCAGUUGCCCGAGAGCAGCAAAACAUUCGCCAAAGGGAAACUGGUGAAGACAACAUAAGACUAGUGAUUCAAAUCCAAAACCAAUGCAAAUUCUUGAAACGAUUAAAAGAGAACACGUUUUCCUACCAACUCGAAUUGAACGAAACGACUUUUGAUGAUGCCACGACCAUCAUCAAACGAUUCUCAUUCGGAAAACCCAACCAACUGAUGGACAGACCGUGGAAAACUAUUCUGCUCAUGGGAGAAACGGGAUCGGGCAAGACGACCAUGAUCAAUGCCAUGAUUAAUUACGUGUUGGGCGUGAACUGGGAGGAUGAUUUCCGGUUCAUGCUAAUCGAAGAAGAUGUCAGAGGAGGCAACCAAGCUCACAGCCAAACCCAAGGAGUCACCGCCUAUGACCUGCACUACCAAAAUGGAUUCCGCAUUCCAUUUUCGCUGACAAUAGUCGACACGCCGGGAUUCGGAGACACCCGAGGGAUCGAACGCGAUGAGGAAAUCACGGCAACUAUCAAAGAAUUCUUUGAACAUUCCAACGGCAUUCAGGUAUUGGACGCUGUUGGCUUCGUCGUGAAAUCUUCAGACGCUCGUCUCACCGCUUCGCAGAAAUACAUUUUCGAAUCGGUUUUAAAGAUUUUCGGCAAUGACAUGAAAGAUAAUAUCCAUUUCUUGGUCACCUUUUUUGACGGAGGUGAAACUGAACCGCACGUCUUGGAUGCCAUCACACAGGCGGAACUUCCAUGUCAGACAGAUUCCAAGGGAUCGCCUAGUCAUUUCAAAUUCAACAAUGGCGCCAUGGAUAUAAAGCCCUUGGAAGGUGAUUACAUGUCAUACGGUAAAUGGAAAUUGUCAAUGGAUGGCUUUGAAUCCUUCUUCAAGGAGCUGAACAACAUGCCGACGCAAUCGCUGCAGAUGACAAAGGAGGUUUUGAAAAUGAGAAAAUGUAUCGAAAUCCAACUCGAAUUUUUGUGGGGUAUGAUCGAUGAACAACUGGCGAAAAUCUAUGAAUUGCGUAACACGGAGGCAAUCAUCGCCCAAAACAAGGAAAAAAUCGACAGCAACCAGAAUUUUGAGAUCACAGUGACAGUACCCAAGAAGGUGAAGAAAACAAUCGACAGCAUUCAAUCUGCGCUUAAUUGCAGAAAAUGUGAGGUAACGUGUCAUUACCCUUGCAAUCCGAUUUUGUGGACGAACUUCUGCCCAGCAUUUUGGGAAUUAUCAUUCCCUGCCGGAAAUAUUACAGAUGCAAUGAUAAUGAUCACUCUUCCGACUCAUCAAAUUAUCGACUCUUUAGCUAAGAAAACACCAGAUAUCUGUACAAACAGUUCGGAAGUUGACUCAACGGGAAUGAGCACAUGGGUCCCUAUCCCGAACCCACUUGUAUGGAGCAUGGCCACAAUUACAGUAGCUAUUGAGGCAGGAAGAAAUUUACUCACGCAAAACCGUACGUGCAAAGUCUGCCCUGGCAAGUGCCCAACUGACGUUCAUGUCAACGAAAGACAACGCUGGGUCUACCAACAGGUGGAGGAGAAACAAACCCUGUUUGACAUGCGCAAACGCUACGAAGAGGCUAUGGGACAGCAGGCGAAUGCUGAAGACACACUAACUAGCAUAAAUGCAGAAAUCGAGCGUUUCAAACUCAACAUUUUCACAGCCAUGAAAGAUAUCACAAGCUGCUCAAAUCUGUUGAAAAGUAAAGCGCUACGCGGGGAUCCGCUCACCACGGCCGAAUACAUCCAGUUGAAGAUCGACAAUGACCAGAAAGAAAAGAAACACGGUUACGCUGAGAGAAUCAAUAUCCUCAAAGAGGUCUUGAAGAUAGCAAUGGAGAAUUUGGCUGGGGAAGACAUGGAACAGUUAAAUUGAUGAAAUCAAGUGCAACGCACUGCUUUUUUUUUGUUUACUUAUUUUGUUUUCACCAUUAUUGGGUAAGGGCACAAAGGGGUAGACUUUCUUUAGCUUUUUAAAAACAAAUUUUAAUUAUCCUUCAUUAUUUACGCCCAUUGAAUAAACGGUAUAAUCAACA